GAAGAAGAACCUGAAAAGCAGAAGGGCGAGGAAGGAGAGCUGCGGAAAGAACUGGAAACAGCAUGUACACACGCCUCCCCCAGAGUGGCUCCCCGUUCCCAGCCUCGGCGCAGGAUCCCGGCCUGCAUGUUUGGCGGGUGGAGAAACUGAAGCCAGUGCCCAUAGCACGUGAGAACCAGGGCGUCUUCUUCUCGGGGGACUCCUACCUCGUGCUGUACAAUGGUCCGGAGGAGCUCUCCCACCUGCACCUGUGGAUAGGCCAGCAGUCCUCCCGGGAUGAGCAGGGGGCCUGCGCUGUGCUGGCCGUGCAUCUCAACACCCUGCUUGGGGAGCGACCCGUGCAGCACCGAGAGGUGCAGGGCAAUGAGUCCAACCUCUUCAUGAGCUACUUCCCACGUGGCCUCAAGUACCAGGAAGGCGGAGUGGAGUCCGCAUUUCACAAGACCUCCCCAGGGGCCGCUCCAGCUGCCAUCAAGAAACUGUACCAGGUGAAGGGGAAGAAGAACAUCCGGGCCACUGAGCGGGCACUGAGCUGGGACAGCUUCAACACCGGGGACUGCUUCAUCCUGGACCUGGGCCAGAACAUCUUCGCCUGGUGUGGUGGAAAGUCCAACAUCCUGGAGCGCAACAAGGCCCGGGACCUGGCCCUGGCCAUCCGGGACAGUGAGCGGCAGGGCAAGGCCCAGGUGGAGAUUGUCACAGAUGGGGAAGAGCCCGCCGAGAUGAUCCAGGUCCUGGGCCCCAAGCCAGCUCUGAAGGAGGGCAACCCCGAGGAAGACCUCACAGCUGACCGGACAAAUGCCCAGGCCGCGGCUCUGUAUAAGGUCUCUGAUGCCACCGGACAGAUGAACCUGACCAGGGUGGCCGACUCCAGUCCCUUUGCCCUUGAGCUGCUGCUGUCAGAUGACUGCUUCGUGCUGGACAACGGGCUCUGUGGCAAGAUCUACAUCUGGAAGGGGCGAAAAGCUAACGAGAAGGAGCGGCAGGCGGCUCUCCAAGUGGCCGAGGACUUCAUCUCCCGCAUGCGAUAUGCCCCCAACACUCAGGUGGAGAUUCUGCCCCAGGGCCGGGAGAGCCCCAUCUUCAAGCAAUUCUUCAAGGACUGGGAAUGAGGGGGGGUGCCCCCCGACUCCUGCCCGCUUUCUUCUCCUCUGGCUGCCUGGCCCCUGUGGAGGUGGCCCCAAGGCUGUUCAAUAAAGGAGACAAGUGCUUUCCUCGCAAAAAAAAAAAAAAAAAAAGAAA